AAGUAUAUCACGAAUGGAUCACGAAGUUAUUUUGUUUGUACCCUGCCCCACCUCUUUAUAUUUGACCACCCAUGUAUGGUAAUAAAGCUGAAGGAUCCAAUGGCUGAAAACAAUUCGUGAAGAAUUCGGGACGUUUUUCCUCGCGAGAAAUAGCACCUCUCUUUUUUUUUUUACGGAAUCCAUCGUAAUGAUGUGUAUUCUCUUGGUGGACAUCAAAAUAAAAAAACAGUAACAAGCUCCGAUUCUUCUUCCUCUCAUUGCCGCCGUCACCCUCUUCAUCAGUCACAGCGCCGAUUUCCGACAUAAGUCUCUCCUCUUUGUGUACAAGUUUCCUUUUUCUUAACUAACAUCACAUUGCUUUGAUCAGUCCAAUGACAGAGAAAGAGAGAAUGAAGAACGAAUAAUGACUAUGGACUUGUAUGGCGUGUGCCGCACGCUUAGUGAAGUGAGGCAACUCCACCGGUCACUCCUCAAAACUGGUACGCUGCAUUCAUUCGUCACCACCACCAACCGCCUCCUUCAACUUUACACCCGCAGUGGCUCUCUUCAUGAUGCAUCCAAACUGUUCGACGAAAUGCCGCAACCAAAUCCUUUUUCCUGGAACACCCUCAUUGAAGCACACAUCAACUCAGGCAACAGAAAUAAGUCACUACAAUUGUUCCACGCCAUGCCUCACAAAACCCAUGAUUCUUGGAACCUCCUUGUUUCUUCGUUUUCCAAAUCCGGUGACCUUCAACAAGCUCACAAUCUCUUUAAUGUCAUGCCUAUGAAGAAUCCCCGUGUCUGGAAUUCCAUCAUUCGUGGUUAUUCUCGACACGGGCAUCCCAGAAAAGCGCUUUUACUCUUUAAGGAGAUGAAUUUAGACCCUUCGGAAACUGUGCACCGUGACGCCUUUGUGUUGUCAACUGUUUUCGGUGUAUGUGCUGACUUGUUUGCUCUUGAUUGUGGGAAACAAGUUCAUGCCCGUCUUUUCAUUGAAGGUUUUGAACUUGACCUUGACAAGGUUUUGUGCAGUUCGAUAGUUAAUUUUUAUGGGAAAUGUGGUGAUUUGGAUAGUGCUGCUCGCGUGGUAGGUUUUGUGAAGGAAGUUGAUGACUUUUCUUUAUCUGCUUUGGUAUCAGGUUAUGCAAAUGCUGGUAGAAUGGAUGUUGCAAGAAGGGUUUUUGAUAAAAAGGUCGAUCCUUGUGCUGUGCUGUGGAAUUCGAUUAUUUCGGGUUAUGUGUUCAAUGGUGAGGAAAUGGAAGCAUUGGCUCUCUUCAACACAAUGCGUAGACAUGGGGUUUGGGGAGACUUCUCGGCUGUUACAAACAUUUUGAGGGCUGCUAGAAGCUUGCUCAAUGUUGAACUCGUUAAGCAAAUGCAUGAUCAUGCUUUUAAAAUUGGGGCGACUCGUGAUAUUGUGGUUUCUAGUGCUCUGCUUGAUGCAUACUCGAAAUGUGAACACCCUCAUGAAGCUUGCAAGUUGUUUGAUGAGCUGAAAUCAUAUGAUGCAAUAUUGCUUAAUACUAUGAUUACUGUGUAUUGUAAUUGUGGUAGAAUGGAAGAUGCAAAAUGGAUUUUUAACAUGAUGCCUAAUAAAACCCUGAUUUCAUGGAAUUCAAUCCUGGCUGGCCUCGCUCAGAAUGCAUCUCCAGGUGAGGUGUUGGAUACUUUUUUUAGGAUGAAUAAGCUGGAUGUCAAAAUGGACAAGUUUAGCUUUGCCAGUGUUAUCAGUGCUUGUGCUAGUAAAUCAUUCCUUCAACUUGGGGAGCAGGUAUUUGGUAAAACUAUCGCUUUGGGGCUUGAAUGCGACCAAAUCAUUUCUACCUCACUUGUUGACUUUUAUUGUAAAUGCGGUCUUGUUGAGAUGGGACGGAAUGUUUUUGAUGGAUUGAUAGAAACUGAUGAAGUUUCAUGGAAUGCAAUGCUGAUGGGAUAUGCGACAAAUGGGUAUGGAAAAGAAGCACUAACCCUUUUUAAUGAAAUGAGGUAUAGUGGUGUGAGACCUUCUGCUAUUACUUUUACUGGGGUUCUUUCAGCUUGUGAUCACUGUGGUCUGGUAGAAGAAGGAAGAAAUAUAUUCCACACUAUGAAACAUGAGUAUGAUAUAAAUCCAGGGGUUGAACAUUACUCUUGCAUGGUUGACCUUUUUGCCAGAGCUGGUUGUUUUGGGGAAGCAAUGUAUCUUAUUGACGAGAUGCCUUUUCAGGCUGAUGCAAACAUGUGGUCAUCAGUAUUAAGAGGCUGCAUAUCGCAUGGAAAUAAGGCUGUUGGAAAGAAGGUGGCAGAGCAAAUUAUUCAGCUUGAUCCUAAAAAUUCAGGUGCUUAUAUACAAUUAUCUAACAUACAUGCAACUUCUGAAGACUGGGAAGGAUCAGCAAAAGUAAGAGAGUUGAUGAGAUAUAAGAAUGUUCAUAAGAUUGAUGGUUGCAGUUGGGCAGAUUGUUGAAUGAGAAACUGCUGAGCAUUUCAGGCUUUCAGCUCCAAGGGAAGAUUAAUGAAACUGAGGAGGACCACUCAUCAGUGAAAUAUGCUUGGAACUACCAUUAAGCUUCCAAGUUUUCUGGACUAUUUUUUGUGCUGACUAACCAAUUUAAAGAGAAUGAAGGCCUUAAGUGGCUUGAGACCGUUUCUUGCCAACAGUAAUGUAAUGCCAAUGCUCUAGCAGGAGCUUGAACAAGUUGAAGUUGAACUAAAACCCCGAGAUUUUACUCAAAACACAUGCAGCGCCUUGAGUGUAGGACAAUAGGCAACAUAAGUUGGAAAAAGAAAUUGGUGCAUAUGCAUUACUUGAAAGAAAUAUAGGCAACAUAAAAAAGAAUGUUAUGCUGUCUACGCUAAACCUGAAGUUUAGUGCAUGUAUAGAGAUCAAUUCCAAGUUUCAUACUCCCUCCGUUUUAAAUUAGUUGACUUUUUAGAAAA